GAGAGCAGAUGUUGAGAUUUCGCCGUGAUCCUUAUCCACAACAGCUGGCCUAUUGCAGGAGUACUCUUUAAGACAAGGGAUAUAUACCUCAAUAAACAGAUCAUCAUCAACACCAAAAGCUUAGCUCUUACCGUAAAACGUCUCUGCAUUUCAGACGUACGUACGUACUAGCUAGCUCGAAUGGAUGCAAGAUUGUUUCAGGCGGUUUUUCACGACGACGUUGCUGCAUUUCACACAUUACUAACAGAAGAUCCGCUCUUACUUCAUCGUGUUGCCCUCAACUCGAUCGAUAACCCUCUACACAUAUCAUCGUUGGCUGGAAAUACAGCAAUCACAAAAGAUAUUGUUCUGCGAAAGCCAGAGUUUGCUGGGGAGCUAAAUCAACAAGGGUUUAGCCCCGUGCACAUCGCCUCCGCAAAUGGGCAUGUUGAGAUAGUGAGAGAGCUUUUGAAUAUUAAUGCUGGAGUUGAUCGUGUCUGUCUUUUGAAGGGAAAAGAUGGCAAGCUUCCACUUCAUUGUGCUGUGAUCAAAGGUAGAGUUGAUGUUGUGAGGUUGCUGGUUUUCGCUUGUAAAGAGUCUUUAGCACAGGUGACGGUUCAUGGUGAAACGGCGCUUCAUCUUGCAGUGAAGAAUAACCAGUUGGAAGUUGUCAGGGUCUUGCUUGAAGAGAUGAAGAGGCUGGACAUGAUGAUGGAGGUCAUUAACUGUACGGACAAGAAGGGGAACACAGUAUUGCACUUGGCAACGUUGGGAAAACAACAUGAGACCAUAGGGAUGCUGAUUGGAGAAGAUGCCAUUGCUACUAGGGUUGAUGUAAAUUCUGUGAACUCGAGUGGAUUCACACCCAAAGAUGUCCUAGAAUUAAUGCUUCAAAGCGGAGAUGAAUCCUCCAAUUUGUAUGAUGUGGUUGAGAUGUUUCACCAUGCUGGAGCACUGAAAUCUGGGGAAAUGAUCACAACAAAUCAAGAAACCCUUAAAGCUUGUCAUGAUCGAAAUGAUCAAGCAAAAGAUCAGCACCUUGAUGCAAAUCCAUCAUUAGAGACAGUACCUUCUUCUUCUUCUGGCCUAUCAAAUAUCUUGAAGGAACUGACAAGAGAAGUAGAAGAAUCAUCAAUGGAAAGCCAAAAUGCGCUGAUGAUUGUGGCUAUACUCAUAGCAACAUUAACAUACCAAGCAAUGCUUAUGCCUCCGAGUGGUAUUUUGUCAGCAGAGAGCAUAAGGCAUACAUUCGGUUUACAUUUUACAAGGAGAUAUCCAGCGCCUGGAGAGGCUGUCAUGGCUAAUGAUCCUGAAGUUUUUGCGCUUUUCACUAUUUUUAACAGCAUAGGAUUCAUUGCAUCCAUUGGCAUGAUAUCACUCCUCACCAAAGGAUUUCCUCUUAGGGCAGGCUUGCGGCUUGCCAUUCUUUCAAUGACUGCUACUUUUGUUAUCGGAGUUUUCUAUAUUGCCCCUACGAAUGACUUAACUGUGUAUGUCGUGGCUGGGGUAAUGGGAGUGGGUGUCCUUGUAGAGUUUGCUCGGUUCAUGCUCUGGUUGCUGAGGAAAUGGGGUGUUCUUCCUAUCAAAACAUUAAGAUCAUGUUCCUCUACAAGCAAUCGAUUAGGGGUUUGAUUGUAAUAUUGUCACUUUUCCUUCGUUUGUUUUGUGUUAAAUGGGAACUGUGCAGUAAGUGUGCUUCUACACGACAUUAGAUCUCAUGCAUGUCUUACAAGAAUGCAAAUCACCUAAAGUUUCUUGGGAAUUAAGAUGUUGAAUAUGUAUAAGGUGCUUGUCACUAAUUGUGUUGGAAUUUUUGUAAUGCCAAGUUAAGUUUUACUUGGGUGCUUUUAUGAAAAAGAAGUGUUACUGUCACAAA